ACCCCGCGGCGUCACAUGGCCGGGCGGGGACCCGCCCCUCGCGGGGGUGUCGGGACGAUCCCACCCGUGAUCCGUCAGCGCCCGCGAGCGGCCGCAGCAUCCCUGAGCCCGGCGGACCCCCGCUCCACCAUGGCAGCCCUGCUGAAGAGCCUGGUGGGGGCGUCGGAGAAGUCGGCCCGCAUCGCCCAGCUGUGCCGCCAGGAGGAGGCGCUCUUCCAGCUGCUCAUCGAGGAGAAGACGGGCACCGACAAGAACAAGAAGUUUGUGCAGGAUUUCAAGACGCUGGCGGACGUGCUCAUCCAGGAGGUCAUAAAGCACGACGUGGGCAAGGAGUUCCCGGAGCUGCGUGGCCACAUCGGCGGGGAGGAGUCCAACCAGUUUGAGAACAGCCUGGGAGAGACCCUGGUGGUGCAGGUGUGUGCGACCCAGCAGGACACGGCCUCGCUGCUCUUUACAAUCCUGGACCGGAACCAGCCGGCGGCCGAGCUGCUGGCAGCCGCCAUCCACCAGGAGGUGGCGCUGCAGGACCCAGCGCUGGACACAGUGGCGCUGGCAAUCCCCCCAGAGAGACUGGCCAUCUGGAUCGACCCCAUUGACUCCACCAAUCAGUACAUCCGCGGCCAGGCCCGCGUGGCGCCCAUCGAUGGCAUCUGCCCGUCUGGGCUGUGCUCGGCGCUGGUGCUCAUUGGGGCGUACGACCGCAGCUCGGGGGACCCGGUCCUGGGGGUCAUCAACGAGCCGUUCUUCCGGGAGGACCCCCUCACCCACAGGUGGCAGGGUGUGUAUCACUGGGGCAUCUCGUACCAGGGCACCAGCCUGGCCUCGCUGCACCGGCCCCCGCUACGCCCCGAGCCCUGCGUCGUCCUGAGCAGCAGCGAGACGCCAGCGAUCCAGCGGGCGCUGAGGCCGCUGUACGGGGAGCGGCUGCGCUUCGCCUCGGGCGCCGGCUACAAGAUGCUAUGUGUGAUCCUGGGGCUGGCCGAGGCCUACGUCCUCUCGGAGGGCAGCACCUUCAAGUGGGACUCGUGUGCCCCCCAUGCCAUCCUGCGGGCUCUGGGCGGAGGGAUGGUGGACCUGGAGGCUGCCCUGCAGGCCUGGCGCGCUGGCCAGUGGGGGGCGCUGCCGGAGCUGACCUACAACCAGCCUGCGGCGGGCGCCGUGGGGGCCGAGCGCUGGGCCAACCGGGGCGGCCUGGUGGCCUUCAUGCACCGAGAACACUUGGAGGUGGUGCUGGCCACUCUGAUCACUGCUGCCCUGUGACCCGCAGGGGACUGCCCUGCCGGGGGGAGGGCCUGGCUCCGCCUGUGGGGGUGGGGGCAGUCUGGCCCCAAGGGCGCGAAGGGGUGAGGUUGGCAGCACCAUUCGGAGGGGGGGCAGGGGGCUGCAGGCAGCCACUGCUCCUGGCAGGUGUCGCAGACCUUACGCAUGGGGCAAAGGCCCCAGAGAGGUGCCACCUCCCCUCCCCUCCGGAGCCUUCCAGCCCCACCCCCCUCUGCUAGUGCUGCGGGCGCCCACUUGUGCCAGUCUCCGCCACAGGAGGUGUUGCCUGGUCCCCAUUAAACAGUGCGUUUCUGUU